CCGCCCAGUCAUCCCAUCAAAAGCUUCCACUUUGCUUUCUUUGCUCCCUCCAUUUAUUUCUCUCAUUUACUCACCAAAUAAUAAUAUUAAUAAUAACAGAGAAUCUCGAUCCCCGUGCAACCCUUAUGACUGAGAGACUCUCUCUCUCUUAUUCAUCAUCUUCCUCUCGCAGCUCCUCUACUAUACUGCUGCUAGCUAAGCCUGCAACUACCUCAAUAUCAGUGUCUCUCUCUCUCGCUCUAAAGUCCCAGGAACCGCUCCUUAACUUUGACACAGUUUCUCACAAUAUUCACUUGUUAUUGUUCUUCUGUGUUUUCCAAUAUCCUGACGCUCUCUAUUUCCAAAGACGCACCAAACAAACAUGGAUUCUAAUUCUCCUCCUCCUUCUCAUCAUCAUCAUAAUCAUCCUCAGAACUGGCUCGGCUUCUCCCUUUCCAACCACUUCUCCUCUCCCCCUCAUAACUCCCACCUCUCUCUCUUCGAUGCCUUCAACUCCUCUCCAGAGACCGGGGUUAACUUGGUGGCGUCGGAUCAUCAUCAAGAUGCACAUGCAGGUGCAACUGAGACCAACCUCUCCAUCUUCAGCGGCGUCGGGCCCAAGCUUGAGGACUUUCUCGGCGGUGGUAGCACCACCACCAGCACCGCUGGAGGCUCAACCGCCACAUCCGACGUCAUCACCACCGCAUCGGCAGCGCCGACGUCGCUGACUCCCUUCUCAUCUACUAACGAUCAUCUCGCUGUCCCUGAAAAUGAGAUAUACGACUCGGAGCUCAAAACUAUAGCCGCUAGCUUUCUCCGUGGUUUCUCUACCACCGCCACUGCCACCUCCACCACCACUCUGCAGCAGGCCAAACCCCAAACGCAAAUCCACCACCCGGUGGGGACCACCGAAACCGCCACCGCCAAGAAAACCGUGGACACCUUCGGUCAGCGCACCUCGAUUUACCGCGGCGUUACAAGGCAUAGGUGGACAGGAAGAUAUGAAGCUCAUCUAUGGGAUAACAGUUGCAGAAGAGAAGGACAGAGCAGGAAAGGAAGGCAAGUUUAUUUGGGUGGUUACGAUAAAGAAGACAAAGCAGCAAGAGCCUACGAUCUAGCAGCUCUCAAGUACUGGGGUCCGACCACCACCACAAACUUUCCGGUUACCAACUAUGAAAAGGAAUUGACGGAGAUGAAGAAUAUGUCUAGGCAAGAAUUUGUUGCUUCCCUUAGAAGGAAAAGUAGUGGAUUUUCAAGAGGCGCUUCUAUUUACAGAGGGGUGACAAGGCACCAUCAACAUGGUAGAUGGCAGGCAAGAAUAGGAAGGGUUGCUGGCAACAAAGAUCUGUAUCUAGGAACUUUUAGCACGCAAGAAGAAGCUGCCGAGGCCUAUGACAUUGCAGCUAUCAAGUUCCGAGGCUUGAAUGCGGUCACUAACUUCGAUAUGAGCCGCUACGAUGUGAAGAGCAUUGCGAGCAGCAACCUCCCCAUCGGAGGAAUGUCCGGAAAAUCCAAAAACUCGUCCGAUCAAUCCCUCUCUGCCGAUAGCAAGGGCCUCGAUGAUAGAGAUAUCUCCUCUGCAUCCUCUGUCACCUUUGCGACAUCAGCUCAUCAGCCCAGUAAUUCCUCCACAUUGAGCUUUGCAAUUCCCAUCAAACAAGACCCAUCCAGAGAGUACUGGUCCAAUAUCUUUGGAUACCCAAUCCCAAGCAACCAUCCUUCCCUAAACAAUCCCAGGAACCCUAACAGUGUUGGUGCCGCACCAGGCUAUUACCACAGCAACAUGGACUUCUCAGCAGCAUCCAGUGCUGCUACUACAACCUCCGAAACCAACAACGGGUUAUUCUACGGCGGUGGUUACAACGUCCAUGGCCAGCAGCAGCAACAACAACAACAACAACAACAGAGUACCAGCAGUGGCACUAAUAAUUCAAGCCCCUUCUCCACACCUCUUGGUUUAAGCAGUAGCAUGGGUUAUGAUCAAAGUUCCUCUUCUGGUUAUGGAACAUGGAUAGGGCCAAGUCUCAAUCUCUUUCAGACUCCAAUUUUUGGCAUGGAAUAAGAGAAAAGCUCCAUGAGAAUCAUCACGUGAAGGAUAGAAGACAAGAAUUCGAGUCAAUGACGAUGUUGAACAUAACAUGGGAGUCAACAACUUUAGUUUGAAUAGGGGAAUGAGGUGGGAGAAUGACAUUCAGCAAUCAUCAUAAUUCACAGAGAUGAGCACAGCUAGCUAAUAAUUAGCUGACACUGCUACUGUACUAACUCAGCCUCUUUUGCUUUUACGCUUUUUUCUCUCUUUCUUUUGUCUUGUACCUCUUUAUUUUUGCCUCCUUCUCGCUUUUUCUUUU